AUGCUGGCCAAACCAUUCCUGAAACUCCCACAAUGUGCCAAAUGCCGGGGACAUAAGGAUAAAAAUGAAAUAGGAUAUAAGAACUCUUUAAGAGUUCUGGACUUCAGAGAAGUUGGUAACUUCAUUCAUUUACCCAUCAAUAUCACUGAAUCUCCCAUGAAUAAUGCCACAGGUUUCUUGAGUACUGGAGAUCAAGCAGCAAAAGGCAAUUAUGGACUCCUGGAUCUAAUACAAGCUCUAAGAUGGACUAGUGAGAACAUUGGAUUCUUUGGUGGUGACCCUUUGAGAAUCACUGUUUUUGGAUCUGGCGCUGGGGGGUCAUGUGUCAACCUGCUGACUUUAUCCCAUUAUUCUGAAGGACUCUUUCAACGGGCAAUAGCUCAAAGUGGAACAGCUCUCUCCAGCUGGGCUGUUAGCUUCCAGCCUGCAAAAUAUGCCAGGAUGUUGGCUACAAAAGUUGGCUGCAACAUGUCUGAUACUGUAGAGCUAGUUGAAUGUCUACAGAAGAAGCCUUAUAAAGAACUUAUUGACCAAGAUAUCCAACCAGCUCGAUACCACAUAGCCUUUGGACCAGUAAUUGAUGGUGAUGUAAUACCAGACGACCCUCAGAUACUGAUGGAACAAGGAGAAUUCCUCAACUAUGAUAUAAUGUUGGGUGUUAACCAAGGGGAAGGGUUAAAAUUUGUAGAAAAUAUAGUAGAUAGUGAAGAUGGAAUUUCCGCUAGUGAUUUUGACUUCGCUGUCUCCAAUUUUGUUGAUAAUUUAUAUGGAUACCCUGAAGGCAAAGAUGUUUUGAGGGAGACUAUUAAAUUUAUGUAUACAGACUGGGCAGAUCGACAUAAUCCUGAGACUAGGCGCAAGACCCUAUUGGCUUUAUUUACUGAUCAUCAGUGGGUGGCACCAGCAGUGGCCACAGCAGACCUUCAUUCAAACUUUGGUUCACCUACAUACUUCUAUGCCUUCUACCAUCAUUGCCAAACAGAUCAAGUUCCAGCUUGGGCUGAUGCAGCUCAUGGAGAUGAGGUUCCUUAUGUGUUGGGAAUCCCCAUGAUUGGUCCAACAGAGUUGUUUCCUUGUAAUUUCUCUAAAAAUGAUGUGAUGCUGAGUGCAGUGGUGAUGACUUAUUGGACAAAUUUUGCCAAAACCGGUGAUCCAAAUCAACCUGUCCCUCAAGACACAAAAUUUAUCCACACCAAGCCUAACCGUUUUGAAGAAGUAGCAUGGACCCGGUAUUCACAGAAAGACCAACUCUAUCUCCACAUUGGCUUAAAACCGCGAGUAAAAGAGCAUUACAGGGCCAACAAGGUGAACCUCUGGCUGGAGCUGGUACCUCAUCUGCACAAUCUCAAUGACAUUUCUCAGUAUACCUCUACUACAACUAAAGUGCCCUCAACUGAUAUUACCUUCAGGCCAACGAGGAAAAAUUCUGUACCUGUCACGUCAGCCUUUCCUACAGCCAAGCAAGAUGAUCCCAAGCAGCAGCCAAGUCCGUUUUCCGUUGACCAGCGGGACUACUCCACCGAAUUGAGCGUGACCAUUGCCGUGGGGGCAUCCUUGCUGUUUCUCAACAUCCUUGCCUUCGCCGCUCUCUACUACAAGAAGGACAAGAGAAGACACGACGUGCAUAGGAGAUGCAGCCCUCAGCGUACCACGACCAAUGACCUUACCCACGCACAAGAAGAGGAGAUAAUGUCCCUCCAAAUGAAGCACACAGACUUGGAUCAUGAAUGUGAGUCUAUCCAUCCACAUGAGGUGGUUCUCCGGACCGCCUGUCCCCCAGACUACACACUAGCUAUGAGGAGGUCUCCUGACGAUGUUCCCUUAAUGACCCCCAACACCAUUACAAUGAUUCCCAACACUAUACCAGGAAUCCAGCCCUUACACACGUUCAAUACAUUUACUGGAGGACAGAACAAUACUCUGCCCCAUCCCCACCCCCACCCCCACUCACAUUCAACAACCAGGGUAUAG